UGUUUCUCUCUCUUUUUCCCCAGACCACACUGCCUCCAUCCCUGGGACUCUGCUCAGCCCUGUUACCUGAUAGAGCCAGUCCUUCCUCCCUGGCUGCCUUGGCUGGUGGUGACCCUUUAUGUUUUCAUGUGGGGUUUAGAAGUCAGUAAGCCUGCUGAGAUCUCUGUUGGAGGUGUAGCACCAUCUUGGUAAGGGUGCAUCUGAUCCAUGAACAUGGAGCGGGACGGCAUGCGCGCCAUCCUGGGUUCCUACGACAGCGAGCUGACUGCAGCCGAGUACUCACCCCAGCUGACGCGUCGCAUGCGUGAGGCCGAGGACAUGGUGCAGAAGGUGCACGCGCACAACUCGGAGAUGGAGGCUCAGCUGUCACAGGCCCUGGAGGAGCUGGGAGGCCAGAAGCAACGAGCAGACAUGCUGGAGAUGGAGGUGAAGAUGCUGCAGUCCCAGUCCAGUGCUGCUGAGCAGAGCUUCCCGCUGUGCAGGGAGGAGGCCAGCUCACUCCGGUUGAAGAUUGAGGAACUGGAAGGGGAGCGCAGUCGUCUGGAAGAAGACAAGAAGAUGCUGGAAAUGCAGCUCGAGAGGUUCACCCUGCAGGGUGGCUACGACCAGAGCAGGACCAAAGUGCUGCACAUGAGCAUGAACCCGGCCAGCGCGGCCAAGCAGCGGCUCCGCGAGGACCAGGCCCGGCUGCAGGAGGAGUGUGAGCAGCUGCGGGAGCUCGUGCGCGCCCUGGAGCAAGGCGGCCCUGUCCCCGCUGACCUGGAGGCCGCUGCAAGUCUGCCUUCGUCCAAGGAACUAACAGAGCUGAGGAAGCAGGUGGAGAGCGCCGAGUUGAAGAACCAGCGGCUCAAGGAGGUCUUUCAGACUAAGAUCCAGGAGUUCCGGAAAGUCUGCUAUGCGCUCACGGGCUACCAGAUUGACAUCACGACAGAGAACCAGUACCGGCUGACGUCCAUGUACGCCGAGCACAAAGCCGACUGUCUCAUCUUCAAGGCCACAGGACCGUCGGGCGCCAAGAUGCAGCUGCUGGAGACGGCGUUCUCGAGCUCUGUGCAGGAGCUCAUCGAGCUGCACCUGCUGCGGCAAGACAGCAUCCCGGCCUUCCUCAGUGCCCUCACCCUCGACCUCUUCAGCCGCCAGACUGUGGCCUAGCCUGCGUCCAACCCCCGGCGGCAGCCGGCCACUCGGCUCCACGGGGGAGGCA